AUGCCAGACGCAGACGCUGCGAAUGACCAGCUACAAAGCGAGGCUGAAUAUGCGUCGCAGCAAGACUUGCCAUCCCAGAACACGCCAAGAGGCAAUUCAAGGUCGUCGCAGGGGACGUCGCAAUCGCAAGUCCCGCCCACUUCUUCACCACUGUUCAUGCGACAAAGCCCGAACGGAAGCCAGAGUCAGAGCCAGAGUCAAGGCUUAAACGUGCCAGGCAUCAAUGGCGUUGGUAUCAGCUCGCCACUUAGACAACAGACUGUCGCUGGCGGAAGCAGUGAAGGUGGGAGGACGCCGCGGGCAACGGGCGGCAUCACGGAAUCGUCACCCAUCCAUUAUGGCACCAGCUCAGAUCCCGUUGGUCCUACGCCUGGUGGCCAUCAUGCCGACCGUACAAGCUCCACCGGCCUCUUCGUUCGCUCUCCAGAUCUACUACGUGCUGGAGCCGCGACUCCAGCAAUGCGGAGACGUCAUGACAUCGACUCCGAUAUUUCCGGACGUGCCCGAGUCUAUAUAGAUGAGAGUGGCAUGCCCACCCGGGAUGGCGGAUCAGACGGCGCAGCCACUUUCUCCAACCUUAACCCAAACACCUCUGACGCCGAUCUGCUCGGUGGCUCCUCGACGAAGAUCGUGUGGGGCACGAAUGUAUCUGUUGCAGACUCUUUCGCAGCGUUCAAAGACUUUCUGUGGAACUUCCAGAAGAAGUAUCGUCUUAUUGCUGAUGGCGAAUUGAGCGAAGACGACAUACUGGACCCCGAUCACCCUGCGCUGGAGAAAGAGAACCUGACCAUGCUGGAGACUAUACUAGAUCUCGGCACGAGAGCGUUCUACUUAGAUUGCCGGAACUUGAAGGCUUACCCUGCGACGAGGAAACUAUGGCAUCAAGUCCAGGCGUUCCCGGCGGAGAUUAUUCCCGUCAUUGAUACGGCGGUCAAGGAUGUGUUGAUCGAUCUGGCGGAGAAGAGGAUGAAUGAGCGGCGCUCUACACAGACUCAGCAGGCGCGGCAACAGCAAGCACGGUCUAGCUCGAUGCCGCCAGUGCCCAGCUCGGAUAUCGAUGGUGCUCAUACUCCCGCACACGUCCAGACUCCUCAGGCACAGCCGAACGGCGUCCCGCAGCAGGCUACAGAUAGUGAUGAGGAGGAUCUCGUAUCAGAAGUCGAGCAGAAGAUCUACCGCGUGCGGCCCUUCGGUCUCGACGCUACGAUCAACCUGCGCGAGCUGAAUCCUCAAGAUAUGGACAAGCUAGUCUCCAUCAAAGGGAUGGUCAUCCGGACCACGCCAGUCAUCCCAGAUAUGAAGGAUGCAUUCUUCCGCUGUGGAGUGUGUCACCAUACCGUUAAGGUGGACAUCGACCGCGGCAAGAUUGCUGAGCCUACAAGGUGUCCGCGCGAGGUGUGUGGGAGCAGCAAUAGUAUGGUGAUUGUCCACAACCGGUCAGGGUUUGCGGAUAAGCAGGUUAUCAAGUUGCAGGAGACUCCCGACUCCGUGCCGGAUGGACAGACGCCGCACUCUGUCAGCUUGUGCGCUUACGACGAGCUCGUCGAUGUUUGUAAGGCCGGCGACCGGGUGGAGAUUACGGGCAUCUUCAAGUGCAAUCAAGUGCGCGUCAACCCGCGACAGAGGACGGUGAAGAACGUGUUCAAGACUUACGUCGACUGCCUGCAUAUCCAGAAGGUGGACAAGAGGCGCAUGGGAGUUCAUGUCAGUACGAUUGAAGAGGAGUUGAGCGAGCAAGCGACUGCUGGAGGCGGUGGGAAGGGGGACGGCGAAGGGACUCGGAAGGUCAGUCAGGAGGAUGAGGAACGCAUCCGCGCCACCGCCGCCCGCCCCGACGUGUACGAACUCCUCUCCCGCAGUCUGGCCCCGUCGAUUUACGAAAUGGACGACGUGAAGAAAGGUAUUCUGCUUCAGCUUUUCGGCGGGACUAACAAGUCUUUCGAAAAGGGCGGGAGUCCGAAGUACAGGGGUGAUAUCAACGUGCUGUUGUGUGGCGAUCCGAGUACUUCCAAGUCGAAGAUGCUGGAGUAUGUGCACAAGAUUGCGCCGAGGGGCAUUUAUACGAGUGGCAAGGGGAGCUCUGCGGUUGGGUUGACGGCGUACGUGACGAGGGAUCCGGAGACGAGGAGUUUGGUGCUGGAGAGUGGCGCGCUGGUGUUGAGUGAUGGUGGCGUCUGCUGCAUCGACGAAUUCGAUAAGAUGUCCGACUCAACCCGGUCAGUGUUGCAUGAGGUGAUGGAGCAGCAGACUGUAUCCAUUGCGAAGGCGGGCAUCAUCACAACACUCAACGCCCGGACGAGUAUCCUGGCUUCUGCGAACCCAAUAGGAUCCAAGUACAACCCCAACUUGCCAGUGCCGCAGAAUAUCGAUCUUCCUCCGACACUGCUGUCGAGAUUUGACUUGGUAUAUCUCGUGCUCGACCGCAUCGAAGAAUCGUCCGAUCGAAAAUUAGCACGCUUCCUUGUUGGCAUGUACCUCGAAGACGCGCCGGAGAACGCCAGCAAGGACGAAAUCUUGCCCGUCGACUUCCUAACUCUCUACAUCUCCUACGCUCGCGCUAACAUUCACCCCGUUAUCUCGCCCGCUGCAGCGGAAACGUUGGUGCAGUCUUACGUUGCCAUGCGGAGGUUGGGCGAGGAUAUCCGUGCGAGUGAGCGCAGGAUUACGGCUACGACUCGACAACUUGAGUCUAUGAUCCGCCUUGCCGAAGCACAUGCGAAGAUGCGGCUGUCGAAUACGGUUGAAGCGAGCGAUGUUGAAGAAGCCGUCAGACUGAUCCAAUCCGCACUCAAGCAAGCUGCCACGGACGCUCGGACUGGACUGAUCGACAUGUCUCUCCUCACUGAAGGCACAUCCGCCUCGGAACGCAAGCGAAAGGAGGACCUGAAGAGAGGCGUGCUCGACGUACUAGACGAGUUGGCAAGGGGCAGUGGGGGUGUUGGGGUGAGGUAUGGCGAUGUGGUCCGCAUGCUGUCUGAGCGCAGUAGUGUGGCGGUCGAGGGGCAGGAGUUUGCGGAGGCGGUCAGGGCGCUGGAGGCGGAGGGGAGGGUGCAGGUUGUUGGGGAGGGAGUACGGAGGAGUAUUAGGAGGGUUGCCGGUGCUGUUUGA